GUUAUGUACACACACUCCACAUCCACACACCAAUCAAUAGAUUUCUUUUUCCAAUCUCCUCCCCAAAUUUGUAUACCCACCCCAUUACUGAUCACAUGCCCUGUUAACUCCCUCUUAAUCCCAACAAUUUCUUACACUCGUAGUCAACAAGGACGAUCGUGAUGAUGAUCCAAUCGGGUAUAGGAGGAGGAGGAGUAACGAGUAACAAGACCGCUGCCACCCGACUUGCUUCUUUUAGUGCUUCUCAGAUCUUCGGCGGCUGCCACGAGCGGGACAUUCUUAUAAAGAAAACCAAUUCCUCUGUUCCAUUCGCUCACCGGAAAAUGUCGCAUUCCAACAUUACUGAUGGAGGAAGAAGAAGAAGCAGCAGUAGCUCAAGCCCGCAUGUUUUUUGCCCCAAAGCUGUUUCUGACUCUAGUUAUUCUCAGACCUGUCUCGACCCUGAUGCCAGCAACAGUGUGCUUGGAAUCAUUCUUGGUGGUGGAGCAGGGACUCGACUAUAUCCUCUUACAAAGAAAAGAGCCAAACCUGCUGUUCCUUUAGGAGCUAAUUACAGACUCAUCGAUAUACCUGUCAGCAAUUGCUUAAACAGCAACAUAUCAAAGAUAUAUGUUCUCACCCAAUUCAAUUCUGCAUCUCUCAAUCGUCAUCUCUCUAGGGCAUAUGCAACCAACAUGGGUGGCUAUAAGAAUGAAGGUUUUGUUGAAGUCCUUGCAGCACAACAAAGUCCUGAGAAUCCUGAUUGGUUCCAGGGUACAGCUGAUGCUGUAAGGCAGUAUCUAUGGCUGCUUGAAGAACAAAAUGUGUUGGAAUAUCUGGUUCUUGCUGGUGAUCAUUUGUACAGAAUGGAUUAUGAAAAGUUUAUUCAAGCACACAGGGAAACUGAUGCUGAUAUAACUGUCGCUGCUCUACCAAUGGAUGAAAAACGUGCCACUGCAUUUGGUCUAAUGAAGAUUGAUGAAGAAGGAAGGAUAAUUGAGUUUUCAGAAAAGCCAAAGGGAGACAAAUUACAAGCAAUGAAGGUUGAUACUACCAUUUUAGGGCUCGAUGAUAAAAGAGCAAAAGAAAUGCCUUUUAUUGCAAGAGCAAAUGACUUUGGAAGUGAAGUAAUUCCAGGUGCAACUUCCAUUGGGUUGAGGGUACAAGCAUACCUGUAUGAUGGUUAUUGGGAAGAUAUUGGUACCAUUGAAGCUUUCUAUCAUGCAAAUCUUGGAAUCACCAAGAAGCCAGUUCCAGACUUCAGUUUUUAUGAUCGGACUGCUCCAAUAUAUACACAACCACGGUAUCUACCACCUUCAAAAAUGUUGGAUGCUGAUGUUACAAAUAGUGUCAUUGGUGAAGGUUGUGUAAUCAAGAAAUGUAAGAUUCAUCAUUCGGUGGUUGGUCUUCGGUCAUGUAUCUCUGAGGGUGUCAUUAUUGAAGAUACUUUGCUCAUGGGAGCCGACUACUAUGAGACUGACGCAGACAAAAGAGUGUUGGAAGCAAAGGGUGGGGUUCCUAUAGGCAUUGGAAAGAAUACACACAUCAAGAAAGCAAUAAUAGACAAAAAUGCUCGUAUCGGGGAUAAUGUCAAGAUUAUAAACAAAAACAAUGUUGAAGAAGCUGCGAGGGAAACGAACGGUUACUUCAUUAAGAGCGGAAUUGUAACGGUCAUGAAAGAUGCUGUCAUUCCAAGUGGCACUGUUGAGUUCCCGAUUUGA